AUGUGCGGACGUUUUGCUUGUGGACUAGCGCCGGAUGUCGUACGGCGUCUAUCGACUUACACAAAUUCUCAAACACAAGAAACGGUUCUCCCGCCAUUUAUCGACCUCAUGUCAUCGACACAACCGUUCCGGUCAAGUUGGAACAUCUCACCAACGUCAACAUGUCUUUGUUUAAUUUCGGCCAAACAUUUGGAUGAAACCGAAGAUUCAGCAACACGUGUACUUUGUUCAAUGCGUUGGGCAUUGGUGCCACAUUAUCAUAAAGGAAGUUUAGCUGAGUAUAGGCUUAUUUUGAAUAAUUGCCGAGUUGAAACUAUUGAAGAAAAGCCAACGUUCAAAGUGCCAUUUGAAAAUGGUAAACGGUGUGUCAUUCUUGCUGAAGGGUUUUUCGAAUGGAAAAAGAAUGUAGCAAAAACACCGUAUUUUAUCUAUGAAACAGAACCAUUUAUUCAUGAAAAGCAUUAUCCAAACAUAGAUACUGAUCGAAUUCUGGAUGAGAUGAAAAACAAAGAUCCAGAGAAGUUGCCAUUGCUAGCCAUGGCGGGCAUUUUUGAUAUUAAUCGAUAUUGUGAAACCGAUCCAUUGUAUUCAUGUACGAUUUGUACUGUUGAAGCUAGCGAAACAAUGUCUGACGUACACAUUCGAAUGCCGGCUAUUUUAACAACCCAACAAGAAGUUGAUCAGUGGCUUGAUUUUGGUCGAUAUGAUGCGGAAAAGGUUCUUCCAUUACUUGAACCACGUAAUGAUAUUCACAUGUAUCGUGUAUCACCAAGUGUUGGUUCAACAAAGAUGAAUGAUAUGAGCAAUCUUCGGCCAUUAGUCACUAAUGAAAACAACAAAACGACACUAACCAAUCGAAGUACACUCGAUUCAUUUGUAAUUAAACAGGAGCCGGUUAGUCAGUAUCUACCUGAACCAAUUUUAAAAACAGAAACUAUGAAAAAAAGAAAGUCUUCGCCGGCACAACAUGGCCAACGUUCGAUUGAAGAUUACCUAAUCAAAGACACAAAGUCAUCCGCAAAACGAUUUAAAAAAAGUUGUUUUUCAUUUCAAUUCUCGAACUCAGUAUAG